AAUACAGCAAUUGUGUUUUCCAUAUAUCGUGAGAUCCAAAUCUCGAUCUCCGUAACCCUUUGAAACCUAGGGUUUGCUUGUCUGCUUGGUCUCAGUCCAAUUUUGUUCGUUCGAGUCUUGGGUUUUCAUUCCGAUCACAAGACGAUCGUACGAAUUUCAAUUAGGGUUCAAUUUUGUUUAUUCGAAACAGUUGCGUGUAGAUCUGAUCUCUAUACAUACAAUUUGUUCGAAGGAUGUCUCGGUGUUUUCCUUAUCCUCCGCCUGGCUAUUCUUCUUCGAAUAGAGACAGGAACGAGGCCUUGAUCGAUUCGAUUAAGCUCCAGAGGGAAAGCGAGAAAGUCAAGGCAGAACAGAAGAAAGAAAGGAAAAGGGAGAAGAAAGAGAAAAGGAGAGAAAACAAAGCAAAUGUGAAGCCAAAUGUCAGCGAACUUGGUCAUGGUGAAAAAAUAAAGCGUAAUGAUGAAAAGACUCGCAAAUCGGAGCCAAAUGUCAGCAAACUUGGUUGUGGUGAAAAAAUAAAGCGUAAUGAUGAAAAGACUCGCAAAUCGGAGCCAAAUGUCAGCGAACUUGGUCGAGGUGAAAAAAGAAAGCAUAGUGAUGAAAAGACUCGAAAAUCAGAGAAACAUAGGGUAGAUUUGAAAGGCAGGAUCAUUCAGAAUGGUAGAGAGCAAGAAGCUGAACAGUUGGAGAAGAGUGGCCUCACCGAAGAACACGAGCAACCUACCUGUCCACAAAACCCCAGCUACUCGUCGGAAAGCAUCCAAAACAGCAACAAAAGGAGGAGGCAGGCCUCUCCUGUGAGUGGCAUUCAUACUAAUGGAAACAUCAUAAGGAUUCGACUACCUUCACUAAAGCAUAAAGAAUCUGAUGUUCCAGUCAGUGAAGAGAGGCUCCAGACUACUACUGGGAGGACAGAGUCAACUGGCAAACACAAUCCUGAUAUUUUUCGUGGACAGUCUCAAGAAGUGUUCUGUUUGACUUCCGUGGAGAAUGAUAAAAUUCGACUACCUUCCCAAAAGCUUAAAGAAUCUGAUGUUGCAGUCAGUGAAGAGAGAAUCCGGACUACUUCCGGGAGGAUGAAGUCAACUGGCAAACACAAUUCUAAAAUUUUGCUUGGACCGUCUCACAAAGAGUUCUGUUCUAAUUCCACAAAGAAUGAUGCAUCUGUGGGAGCACUCUCUUCGAGACUUGAUAAAGAGCAAAGUAGUUCAACUUCUGGGGGAAUACGAAUUUUUGGUCGAGAUAAUUUGCAGGCUACUCCUGUGCCCACAUCUUUUGAAAAGGGUAUUCAAACAGUUGCAUCACUUUACAAAGAUCUAGUUGAGAAUUGGGUUCCCCUUCCCCCACAACUCCUACAGGGUGAGCAAACAGAUCUUGAUGAACUAGAAUGGCUUUUUCAGAAAAAGCAUCAAGACGAGGAAAGAUCUACUGAAGUUAACGGUGAUGCAUCGUGUAGAGGCGGCUCAACCUUGUGGCCCCGUGCCCUGUACAUGCCCGAGGCUGAUAUAUGGGCUUUACCCUUCACAGUUCCUUUUUAAGUUGCCUCGUUGCUCAAAGUUGUGUUAUAUGGUUGAAAUGAGAGCUCGAUGCUGCCCAGUAUUCUUUUAAAUCCCCACCGAAAGAUUGUCACUUAUUGAGCUAUAUGAAUCUUGCGGAUUUUGUUAUGAAUUGAUGACAGCUGAGGAUAUGGGGACACGAGUACAAAUCUGUUUGAGUUAUGAAAUUUGAAAAUGGCAAGGAGGAAUUGUCAUAAUGUAAAAAUUGACUUUAGAUUUAAGUAUAUGAUUUCAUACAAUGUUUGAGUCGUUUUAUGGGUGUAGUGAUCUAAAGAUUUUGUCCUUAAUACAAAACAACAUUGCAAGUCAUUAUUGGAAUA